UGUGAAGGGUCCCAUAGAAUGCCAUAUGAGACAACGCGUCGUUCGCAACGUUCCGUUCCGUUCAUUUUGGUGUGAAGACGGCUUAAGAGGAUUUUCCGCGAGCGACAAUUGAGAAUGUUUUGAGUGCAGUGUUUGGACAGGUGCACAGUUCCUUAUGACGUGGCUCCGACCUAAUCCAAGACCAAGACGAGACCAAUGAAAGCAGUUCCAUAUGCCUACACUAACACAAGGCUCGUCAGCAGAGGAUUGCAGCUCACGACGAUCGCGGUCCCGCCAGCGGAAGCGGAAGGACGAUGACAGCGCCGAGGAACGGGGCAGUGUGACGGUGGCACCGGAACCGGACGACGUGGCACCGAUCAGUGCAGAGUUAAGUGUUGUGGACGGCAAAACGCGCCGCUACAGUCGGAUCAGCAUGAUCAUUAUUUAUGGGCGCGAAGCGCUCUGCAUUCUCGCCCUGCUGCUCACCACGUACGCCACUAUUCAGAACACUCCGCCCAAGGCCAAGGCACCUCCACCACCGGUGCCAUUCUUUUCGCGCGGUUCGCUUGUGUCCGACUUCCCUUCCGGUGCCCUCGGUACGGCACAAGCGCGGGUAGCCGUCACGGAGCUAUCGCUCGUCUUCUACUACGCUCCGUGGUGCGCCGAGAGUCAGUAUGCACGCCAAGCGUACGAAUCCGUCGCCCAGCUCUACCACCGGGAGGCUCACUUUGUAGCUAUCAACUGCUGGCAGCCCGGAGGCGAGUGUCGGCAGCGGUACACUUAUUUACUUUCGUGGCCGGUGCUGAUGGCGUACCAACCGAACGGGUUUGUCAUCCAGUACCAACAAGCGUGGACGGCCGGUUCCCUUUCGCGGUUCGUUCAAUCGUUGGUGGCGCCGCUGCAGCGGUUCGUCAAUCCUGCCGACCUGAUGGAUCGAAUGACCGGGAAGGAUGCCGUGAUCGUCGCAUUCCUUGAGGUGACCAACGAAAGCAAACUUUACAACCAGUACUAUCAGGCGGCCGUCAAGUGGCUCGAGAAGGAUCCGUUCCAGGAAGUUUCAUUCGGGGUCGUGACGGGCGAGUCCUGCAAGCUGUUUGGCGUGGAAACGCAACCUUCCAUUCGGCUGUACUUGUGGAACGAAACAAUCGAGUACGUCGGUAAGGAAUCGUGGACACCGAAGGAGCUGAACGGUUGGCUCGUUAAGCAUCUGCAGGUCGUCUCGAUGUGGAUCGCACCGCCCGGGUCGAAAUCCGGUACGAUCGCACCGUACUUUCGGCAGGGUCCAGUUCUGUUUCUCUUCAAUCCGCGGCCCCUGUAUGCCGAGGGAGACAGUUCCGAUGCGUACAUGAUGCUCCGGCAGCUCAGCAUGCAGUACUACAACUGUGCCGGCGAUACCUGGGUACAGGAAAUGGCCCGUGAGUACAUUGCCGAACAGCGUCUGGCCGCCCUCGAGCGGUACACUCACCGAAAGGUCCAAUGUGGAUCCAUUCUGGGACGGCACCCGUCGCAGGAUGACGACGAAGGCAGAGGGGCUGAUGGUCGGGGCCGUGCCGGGAUCGAUCGCUCGACGGUGUCCGUUUCGUUUGUGAAUGUGCUCAAUUCGUCAAAGUUUGUCGAUGGACGAAAGCUUGCGGGCCACUCGGGAGGAUCGGAACCCGAUUCCGAGUACUGCGACAUAGCCCCGGCACUGGCCGGAAAGUGCCAACCGGUGGAGAGUUGCGGAGCCCGUUUCGGUCCCGAACGAAAACCAUCCCUGCGGUGGAGCGGUACAGGGCAGCAGGAAGAAGAAGAGGGGUGUCCGGCAAGGGCACGCCCUAUACCGGAGGCUCCCGAGCUGGUCACUUCAAGUGCAAUCGAUUCGACGCACGACUACCGGGGACCUAAAUUGCUCACCAAACAGUACCUCCGCCGGCAGUGCGAGCUGUUUCGGUUGGCGGAGGACGAUGGAACGCACUUGUUCUACCCGGAGCCGGAAGGAGAAUCGGACGCAAUCUACGCUGCGAUCGGUGGAUUGUCGUGCAAGCAUAACAAAACCCUCACCUUCCUCAGCAUGGACAGCACUCUUUACCAUGCGUUUAGCGAGCGGCUUGGGGUCGACGUGCUGCAGGAACCGAACCAAACCGUGGCCUUCAUCGUCGACGCCGAGAACGAAUCGACGUACGCGCUACGGUCACCCAUCAACCUGCGGACGUUGGCACGUUUCGUGCACGAUUACUACAACCGCAGCUUGGAACGCUUUCAGCGAUCGUCCAAC